ACAAAAUCUUUCUCUUUCACUGUCACAUAUAUUUCUUGUUUAAAAGGUGUUGAGUGAAAGUUAUAUGCUUAAUAAUGGCUGCUUCAAACAUUCAUUAUCCUAUAAAGAGCAAAUUAGUGAAGCCAGUUGAAGCCAACAAAAAGGGAGCUUGGACACCUGAAGAAGAUACCAAACUAGCUGAAGCCAUCGCAGUUCAUGGCGCCAAAAGGUGGAAAUCGAUUGCAGCUAAAGCAGGUCUUGAUAGGAAUGGUAAGAGUUGCAGGCUAAGAUGGUUGAACUAUCUGAGACCAAACAUCAAGAGGGGGAACAUAUCAGACCAAGAAGAGGAUUUGAUACUUCGCCUUCACAAACUGGUCGGAAACAGGUGGUCUUUGAUUGCUGGAAGGUUACCAGGACGAACAGACAAUGAAAUAAAGAACUACUGGAAUUCUCAUUUGAGCAAGAAAAUGAAGCAGAGAGAGAAGAAGGAGAAGGAGAACCAAAUAGAGUGUUCAUCGUCGACAAGAGAUCAUCAUGAGAAAGACGAAAGACUAGUAGAGGUGAUGGCGGAAGAGAGUAAUAAUAAUGAUAUUCCUGCAGAGGCAACAUUGGAGACAACAGUGGAAGAAGAGAAUCCAAAUGAAGAAGAGGAUGAACAAUAUUCGUCCAAGUUCUUCAAUUUUGAUGAGAAUGAUGGGUUGUUCGAUUUUUUGGAUGAAGGUCCAUUGAAUUUGGAGUGGCCUAGCAAAUUCCUCGAAUUCAAUUAGCUUGGCGUAAGUAAAUAAUGUAUGGGGUUACUUCUGGAGCCAGGUCAUUAAUUAAAAUCUUAUUUACUAUUA